CCCAGGUGGAAGAACCGACGAGAGCGCAGACCAUGCCUAGCAUCAGCAACUCGGGCUGUUCACUGAAGAGACUGACGUCGAUUAAGUCGCCCUUGAUGGUAUCGGCAGUGGAGGAACCCAUGAGGAAAGCACCGAGAAACUCGCAGACGGAAGCGAUCAGGACGGCUUGCUUGAGGUUUAGAGCGCCUGAACCGACGGCAGCGCCAAAGCUGUUGCUGACAUCGUUGGCACCGAUGCCGAAGCUGUCGAGGAAGGCAAAGACCAUACCGAUGGCAAAGAGGAACGUGUAAUCACCAGGGAGCAUCAUGUUGGCGACGAGGGAUGAGGAAGGGGAGGUGCGAGAGGGUACCGAGAUGUGAAGGGGGCGGCAAGGGAGGACAGCGUUCAAGGCAGAAUAUUUAUACGCCUAUGGCAGAUGCAC